AUGCCCAAGGACAACGACUCCGAUGAUUAUCACAACCGCGAUCCUUCCAAAAUGCCCCACGACCGCGACUGGACCGACGAGAGCAACCCGUUUGUCGCCUUCCGCCGUUUUGCUGACGAGCAGGUCUCGUCGGUGCUACAGUCGAUCACUGGGCUCCCAUCCUCGGUAUCCCCUCCUCAGCAUGACGGCUGGACUAUCUUAACCGAUGAUAAAGGCUAUGGGAGCAUGAAGUACCGCCACAGAGAUGGCGCUGAAAAUGCGGGAGAGCGGAACUACUCAUCCGACCAGGGCGCAGGAACCAACCCUCCAGCUACCGGUGACAGAGAUGAGACCCCUUCAAACAACACCGAUAGAUCGGUCUCGCGAUCUUCCCUGUCUCGGCAACCGGAAUACAUGGACCAACUCCAGCAGUCGCGCAAGAACUGGCGCAACGGACCCUCUGAUUUCUUCAACCUUGAUUCAUUCUUCGAUCGCUUCGAGAACGAUUUCUUUCCUUUCUCCUCAAGUUUCUUCCAUCCGCACCAUCGCUUCUCCUUCCCCGACAUGUAUGAAGAAAAUUCGCCGACAUGGCCCAUGACAUACAUCAUGUUCAGCCCAUACUCGCCUCUGCUCCUGGAGCGUCAGGCCCAUUACCGCGCGCGCCGCGAAGGAGGUGUCUUUUCCUCGAUCAUGUCUACUCUUCGGUCAGACUCGGAGCGUGACCCGGCCGAGCCGCAGUGGCGCGAGGCAUUUGAAGAUUUGCUUCGGUUAGAAAACGGGAAGCCUAUGCUUGAUCAUGACGCUUUGACAGCAGGCAGGACUGAAAAUGGAACCGAAUGGCUUCAAGGUCUGGUAAAGCGAGGCAGCUUGGGUGACCGGUGGAAGUACGUGACCGGCUCGGACGGUCAUCCUUGGUCCGGUAUUACAUUCAAUGCUGGACGCAACGAGGACAGUCGCGUUCUGCCCGAAAAGUCUGCCGAAACUCAAGAGAAUAAUGACCAGGCCGAGAGCGAACUGGACGUGUACGAACGCUUCUUGCAAGAUAUCGAGGUCCGCGAGCGCGAAUUCUUCCGGGGCGUUUCCGCAAGCCCUCUUCUGCGCCUGCUCCUAGAUGAGCGCCACAGAGAGCAGGACGAGCCAGAGAACUACCAGCGGGGUCUACCUAGCGCUGAAGACAAACAAGGCAAUGACAACGAGAGUUGGCUUGAUCUCGUCUCUGGCGGUAACCGAAAAUCCGUCCCAGAAACAUCACCGGAGACAUCUGAAACCAAGCCAGCCCCCGUGCCCGAAAAUGCACGCGUUGUGUCAACCUUGAGUCGAACAGAACGCAAGCGUCUUGCAGAUGGCUCAGUUCAGACUACGAUUGUCAAGACGAAGCGGUAUGCCGAUGGCCGAGAGGAGACUGAUGAGUCUGUUGAGACGACCCACCAGCGGUUGGGAGAUGGACAAUCAUCUGAAGACAACAAGUCGAAGAGCGGCUGGUUCUGGAAAGACUGA